AUGGACCCCGCCGCCGGCAAACUUCCGCUCCCGUCCGCCCCCGGCGCUGCCACGACGACCAACGGCGCCGGCGCAUCCAUGUGCACGGCCAUCGUGCCCGCCGUCCCGCUCCCGCCCACCUUUGCUGAGGCUGAGGCCGCAAGGAAGCGCCAAGAGCAGGCCGAGAACAACGCGAUCCGUCUCGUGCACCUCCUCGUCACGUGCGCCAAGGCCAUCCAGGCGGGCGACUACGCGGUCGCCUUCCGCAACCUGUCCGAGGCGCACACCGCACUCACCACCAAGGUCACGGCGGCCUCCGGGAUCGGACGCGUCGUCAGCCAUUUCGCUCUCGCGUUGGCUCACCGCCUCGUCCCGGCGUCACCGACCCUACCCGGCGGCGUGCUCGACGCGGCCUCGUCCGCGGCCCACGCCGGAGAGCUGUACCGCCAGUUCUACGACGCGGGGCCCUACCUCAAGUUCGCCCACUACAUGGCCAACCAGGCCAUCCUGCGGGCCUUCGACGGCUGCGACCGCGUGCACAUCAUCGACCUCGCCAUCAUGCAGGGCGUGCAGUGGCCAGCGCUCAUCGAGACCCUCUCCCUCCGCCCCGGCGGCCCGCCCGCCAUCCGCCUCACCGGCGUCGGCCCUCCGCCCGCCGAAGACGGAUCCUGCAACGAGCUCCACGAGGUGGGACUCCGCCUCGCCGAGUUCGCGCGCGCCUGCAACGUGCCCUUCUCCUUCCGCGCGGUGACCGGCCACGCCCUCGACUCGCUCCAGCCCUGGAUGUUCCAGAUCAUCCCCGGCGAGGCGCUGGCUGUGAACUCCAUCUACCAGCUCCACCGCCUCCUCGUGGACCCGGACGCCGCGUCCACGUCCCGCCCCUCGCCCAUCGACGCCGUCCUCGGCUGGGUCGCCGCCAUGCAGCCCAGGGUGUUCGCGGUCGUCGAGCAGGAGGCGGACCACAAUAAGUCGUCGCUGGUGGAGCGGUUCACCAACGCGCUCUUCUACUACGCAGCCGUGAUCGACUCCAUGGAGGCGAGGUCCCCUCACCACCGCAGCCUCGGAGCGGAGGCGUACCUGCAGCGGGAGAUCUUCGACAUCGUCUGCAGCGAGGGCAGUGGCCGCGUCGAGCGCCACGAGCCGCUCAACCUCUGGCGCGCCCGGCUCUUGCGCGCCGGGUUUGCCCAGUUACCGGUCGGGCCGAGGGAGACCUGGCAGGCGCUCACUCUGCUCCGCGAGUACUCCGGCGCCAGGUUCGGCGUGAUGGCGAGCGCCGGCUGCCUGACGCUCAUGUGGCACGAUCAGCCGCUGUUCACAGCGUCGGUGUGGAGCGGAGCGCCAACCAACACUGUCGCCGCCGGCAUGCUGCUCGAGCCGGCUGAUAUCAACAAGAGCAGCAGCGACCAUCAGCAGGUUGCUGCCGGGGGAAUAGCAAUGCAGUGA